CGAAUAGACGAGUUGUUCGGUCAUGGAUUGUUUUUUACUAUAUUUUUAAAAUGAUUUGGUGUGUGAUCAUUUUGUGUUUGUGUUUCACCGGAGCUGUUUACGGAUCAGGAAAUUCACUGAAAGACCCCUACAUUUGCGGACCACCGUCUUGCACACCUACGGAAAAGUUCAAAUAUCUGCCAGAUGUCAUCUACAACUAUGACUACAAAGUCAAUAUCGAGACUUACUUCAAUGGAUCAAGCAAUAACAGAUCUACAUUGGAUAUUAGCGCUCAAGUGUCAAUGCAGUUCGUAACUCCCUGCGAAGGAUUACUGCAGCUGAAAGAUGUAAAACUCAUUGACCAGGAUGAGAACUAUGCUGUUGAGAGAGCUGAAAAGUUCAUACAUGCUGUAUCCCUUUUCGAUCUUAGGUUCGCAUUUCACGAUGGAAUUAUAUCGGAAGUGUGUCCCAACGAGCUGGAGGAAGACUGGGUGCUCAACUUUAAGCGAGCCAUUCUGGCUCUCUUUCAGAACAGCAUGAAGAGGUUCGACAUCAACUUCAAAGGGAUUGAGCAAGACAUUCACGGCUCGUGUAAAGUGGACUACACAGUGAGAGGUCAGGAAAAUACGAGCCUGAUCCUGAUGAAGAGCAGAGACCUGUCGCUUUGCACAAACCGCUACAAGUACAUGUCUAUUUUGCAGACUGUGCGAUAUGAUUUCCAAAGCAAAUUCCAAACCUGGCCGGUACUAAAAUCGGAAAGCAAAUGCCGCAUCGCAGUGGAUCACCAUAUUUACAAAUCUGUUAACUGCCGUGAGCGCCAUCUAUUCGAACCUUUUUCGAAUCGAAACUCAGGCGGCUUGAGUACCGUUAUACAGAAUUUGAAGUUGAUUAGUGAAACUAAUAAAACUGAUUCGGAGAUUCUCGACUCGCAACCUAAAACGUGGACAAUGAUAAACCGACGGGCGAAUCUCAUACAUCAUCACACCCCUUCUGUUCGCGGUGACUCCGGAGAACUCAAGUCCGCUAGAGACGUACUCAAGAUGCUUUGCGCAGAAAAGCAUAACACCGACGACGACGCUCUACCUACAACGGUAGACGAAAACAUGGACAGUGGAUCCACAGUUGGACUUUGGGGUCGUUUAGUCCGCGCUGCAAGACCGCUACAUUACCCAGCGCUAGCGCAACUCUUAACUCGCGCACCUACUAUCUGUGAAGGAGCUACCAAACACAUAAUGGAUGCGCUACCGUACAUAGCGAGUGCGGGUUCAGUAGAGCUGAUCAAGGAGAAGAUACUGGAGAACAAAGUCGACAAGGACACUAGACACGAGUGGCUCAUGUCUAUGGCCAUGAUACCUCGCCCUAAAAUCGACAUGUUAAAGAGCAUGCUAGAGCUACUACAAAAGCAAAGAUACGACAAAGUGAUAAGCUUCACUGUGUCUUCCAUGGUGCAUUCCUAUUGCAAACACAGUGGAAAACAAUUGCGUGAAUGUUGUGAAGAGGAAAUACCAAUGAGUAUCCUCGUCGAAUUUCAAAACAUCGUCAAUGAAGUCGUCGGCAAGGGUAUUCCGAAUACUGAUCGCACUGACCAGAACAACUUGGUAAUAGCUAUAAAAGCGCUAGGCAACAUUGGAGGUUUCAAGCAAGACUUCGCAGACGUCCUUAUGAACAUUGUGGGAGAUGCGUUUGUGCCAGUGCCCAUUCGUCUGACAGCAAUUGAUGCUUUUCGGAGGACGCCUUGUCUUGAGACCAGAGAAUACUUCCUGGAGACUUUCCGUGAACACUAUGUGAACAUAGAAAUCCGCCUCGCGUCAUAUCUUCAAGUGAUGAGAUGCCCUAACUUAAGCAUCAUGCGCAAAAUAUUCCACGCUCUGAGGAACGAGCCAGUCAAUCAAGCGGCAACAUUUGUCUGGAGUCACUUGAACAAUCUCGGACAAUCGUCGCUGCCGUCCCGCGUGGAGAUACAAGGCAUGCUGUCAGGGCACACUAUGCCGCAGCUCGAAGACAGCCCCGACUUCAGGACGUUCUCAAGGAACUAUGAACAGAGCGUGUUCUUCGAUCAGUAUAAUGCUGGUGGCAACUACGAAGCCAACGUAAUCUUCUCGCCGGACUCCUAUAUCCCAAGAUCUGUGUCGCUCAACUUGACUGUCGACAUGUUUGGGGAGUCUAUCAACUUGUUGGAGCUCAAAGCCCGCGGUGAAGGCUUCGAGCGCUACUUCGAAAGCAUAUUCGGUAAGGACGGCCCACUGAGCAAGUCAAAAAUCAACGAUCAAAUAAACAACAUCCGCUUUUUACGAUCUCUGAACAACGCUGACGAAGCUAAAAGGAAAAUCGACGAUUUAGGCUACAAAAACGAAGCUUUGAAACAUCAAUAUCCAAUGGCGGAAAUUGCUAUAAAAGUGUUUGGCAAUGAAAUCUCUUUCUGGAGUGCCGAAGGCGAUGAUGAAAUUAGGAAGUCUUUGGAGAGAUUGAACCCGCAACUGUGGAUGUUGAAGAUACUUUCCGGGAAGGAAAUAUCAUACAACAAAGCGUCCUUGUUCCUGGACACAACAUUCUCCGUACCAACGGGAUCAGGCUUCCCUCUCAGUCUAAACCUCAUGGGAACAAGUUACAUCAACACCAAAAUGUCAGGCAAUGUUGUACACAAGUUUAGAGAGUCCAAGAACCUGGAUUUUGAAGGACAAAUUAGACCUAGUGUGGCCAUAAACAUAGUAGCAACCAUGGCGGUAACCGCAGGAGGGCUAAGUUCCAGUGGUAUCAGGCUGAACACUCGUCUCUACACCGCCACAGGAGUCGAAGCCAAACUCAGCGUGCGCGGCUUUAACUUAGUACGACUGGAUUUGUCUCUACCAACACAGAAACAGGAAAUAUUUGCUGCGAAGUCUGAGCUGAUAAUCCUUCACGGAGAUCAAGAGCUGCAGCAGCAAGGUCUGAACAAGAACAGGAUCGAGCAGAACACUUGCAGUUGGUCCACAUUCGACAAAGCUAUUGGCAUUAAAGUCUGCGCUGCUUAUCAGUUCCCGAACAUGACGAACAUAAUGAACGCACCGUAUUUCCUCAUGAGCGGACCCGCAAAGUACAUUGUGUCUUUGGAGAAGGCUGAUCCGUCUGCUAAGAUUUAUUCAUUUCUUUAUAAGUCUGACAGUAAUGAAAGUACUACUGAAGUUGGAUUCUCUUUUGAUACUCCUAAUAGCAAGGAAAAGCGCAUGUUCAACGCAAACAUAAUACUUUCAAAUACAACCAGCACAGCGAAAGUUUCAUUUCAAUCAGCUGAAAGUACAAUGGAAGCCAAAGCGUUAUACAGAAACCAACCAUAUGACAAAUCGUUAGAGGCUAGUUUAGAUGUGAAUGGACGGAAACAGUUUGAUACUCUAAUGUCUAUAAAGAGACAUGAUAUUAAGUAUGGAUAUGUAUGGGUGCCGCUCGCUUAUUGGGUGGUUAAUGAUGUGAAAGUGGCUGAAUUGUCUGGAACUCUGCAAGUAAAAUCAAAAGGCGGUAUAACACAAUGCGAUAUCCAUGCGGAUUUCCAAACGAAGCAACUCGCCAGUCGUUUAUUCGGUUACUACACAAUAAACGGCCCUACACACGGAACGAAGUUGCAGCUCGAUUAUCAAUUUUAUAAGAAUCCUAGGCAAACAGUGAAAUUGGAAGGAGUGUGCAGCAAAAGAAAUGCUGGAUUCAGAAGCGAUCUAUAUGCAGAUUUGUCUAUGGACUUCACAGCUUACCCUGUCUACAACUUUUACGCGAUCUUUAGAAAUAUGAAAACCCAAAACCACAUAGACAUACGUUUCAACGUGAGCUCGUCAAGAGAGCUCAAGGAAAACCCAGCGUUCUCAUUUGACUUCAUCCGCGUGGACAAACUAGUAGGCGUGAAGCUUGACACACGCCUUACGGUUGCCAGACCACGACCCGUUAAGAUGCAGUUUAGUUUCGAAGAGAUUGGUCCAAAGUACUCAGUGCUAGCAGAACUAAGCUUCAAUCCUAAGUCUCGAAAGAUUGAAGUAUCCGGAACGCUAUUCUAUCCUCCCGGAACACAGCUCUAUCUGGACGCGGAGCUCAAUAUGACACUGCCCACGUUAUAUCCUUGCACUCUUAAGGCAAAGGUGCAUGAGAAGCAGCCAAAAGAAUUCCAAGUAAACGCAGUCGGUGUGUGGUUCACUGGCGUAGACUUCAACAUAGACGCGUUAUAUCAGGAUCAAUCAAAAACCAACAUGGCGUCGCAUCGUCUAAAACUUUUAAUGAACAGUAAACACUUUAAAGACAUUGCUGUCGAUGCGAGAUUUACUCAAGAUAAUCGACAGAUCACAUUCAUCGGUCAGGGCGAAUACAACGACGACAAAUACAGAACACUUAUGCGCUACAUACUGCUAUCUACGCAGAAUUUCACGGCGUACGCAGAAUUGGACGUUAACGGGAAGGCUUACAGUGUGAAUUUGAACGCUGAUCUCAAUAAUAACACUAAUUUUAAUAUGGAUGUUCAUUUUGACCAAUUGCGUGAUCUUCACCUCUCCUACCAACGCUGGGCAACCCCAAAACAAAAACGCUUAGCGGCUGCAUUCAACUGGGACGCCAACAGAGACCCAUCGCAAAAAGUCAGCAUUGACAUUCAGCUAGACAACAAGGGAACCUGGCAUCAUGGCGGUUACGUCACUUUUUACUAUCCCGGACGACUUGUUAAUGGAGAUUUUGAAUUUCUACUUAGAGACUGGUUCUGCCAAUGGCACGUCCGCACAAGCUGGUCGAAUGAAGCAAACAUCUUGUGGCGCGUCAAAAUGUACUCAGAAGUCAACAACGAAACCGUCUACGCUUUAAUAUCCAGCUUGAAGACGCCUUUUGGUGGCUGGCAGGAUACUAGCUUUAAUGUUAUUUGGCGUUACCACGACAAUCUCCAAGCAAUAAACGGAAGUAUGAACUGGCAGGAGGACUACCUCGCCUUCAGUUUGCUAGGAGAUUAUCUGUUCAAAGCUAACGAGUUUUCGGGCGAAAUCAGCGCGAUCAUCAAUUCGACUAUACCCACUUUACCUAGAGCCGCUGCGAUCGCUAAGCAUAAGCAGAUUUGGAAGAAGGAAGCCGAGACUUUAUUAAGCUUUCAGUACAACGAAGACGGACUCCUUAUGAUAAAAUCGUCUUGGAAAUUGGAUAAAGGAGAAAAGGAGAACAACGUUACUGGCACUGUUAAAUUAAUAACUCCGUUCAAAGACUACAGAAACGGGCAGCUGGAUACAAAAUUCAGACUUGGACACAAAAGAGAUCUCUACGGUGUCACUCUACUGCAGUUAGAGAAGAAAAUUGUCAACAUUUACGUUACUGGUCACAUGCGUCGCAUAACCAACUGCAUGCUCACUGUGAACGUGACCAGCCCCAUGGCGCUGGAUUUGGGACAAACGACGGCGCGAUUCGGUUUCGUCGAAUCUGAUAGACAUUUAGUCGCUAUGGUGGUUACUCCAAACUCUGUUACAGGUAUCGAAGUAUUACUAAAGCUGUACAGUCUUCAAGACUUCCACAUAUUCGGCCAUGUUGCUCUACCCAUACAAUAUCUGAACAGGGCUAUGGUUACUGCCAAGCGAGCUACGGAAGAGGUCGAUUUUCGCGUAGGCUGGGGGACCAUGGACUUCGGUUUCACAGGCAUAUGGCAAUGGCGAUCACCGAUCAACUUUGUUUAUCUAUACAAACUGUACACACCGUUGGAAGGAUUUGAAGAAAACGGUUUAGUGCUUAAGAAUGUAUACGGCCCGGGACUGGAUACUGAAUUGUCUAUACGACUUUCUAAACACAAGUUCGGCAUAGCAAUUCUCCUAAAAGACAAUGGCAAGGGUCUUGUAGAAGUUCUCCAGGAAAAGUUCAAACACAAAACGGAAUUACACGAUACACUCAUAGAUAAUUUCGAUACGACUGGUCGCGUCGUACUCGACACCUUAUACUAUCCUAGUAUCACUUUCAACGCGCAUCUUACGAAGUUCGUAGGAGUCGACGAAGAAGAUAUCCUGGAAGUGAACGCGACCUUACACCUUCCUAACCAACCGCCUAUUGUGUUAACGGACAUAUUUGUUCUAGAGACCUACACAAUAAUGCAAAACACAUUGACCCUUGUGACUCCAUUUCCAUCGAUCAAGGAGCUGAAGUCAGUGUACACGGUCGACAUUGAGUUAGGUGCAAAGUUCAACAUCACUUGCACUACGUUGCUUUAUAAUAGUACAUAUUGGCAUGAGAUAUCCUACAGAGUAUUCUACGAGUACGAAUGCGGGGAAGACGACACGUACCAAUCGUACCUCGCUUCAUUAGGAAUCGUGACGCCUUUGCCGGUGCUGCCGGCGCUUGACGCUCAAGUUUCUGCACGGCUGGAAGACGCACUGUGGAAAAUGUCCGCAGAUAUCUCUAUGCCGUCGUUCACUGUUGCCGCAAGAGGACGCCUUGAGCUAGACGACCCAUUCGUAGAAACAUCAGGCAGUUUGAAUUUGACCUCGCCGUAUCUGGACGACUACUAUAUCAAAAUGAUGUUCAAGAAAGACUUCUCGGAUGCCGAGAACUUGAUCGGUGGCGGAAUACAAGUUGAGCAGGGAGAACAUAAUAAUUAUCUAUUCGCUGAUGUAACCUGGCGGCCGCCACCAAACCGCUAUAUGUUCUUCAAAGCCCGUGGCGCGUUGGUCCCUGUCCUUUCACCCUCUGAUGUAUCAAUAUUGUACAACCAAGAUGACGAACAUAAAACGCUGACUGUGGAUUUAAACAGCGAGAAUAACACUUACUCGCUUAAGGCUGACCAGAGACAGUCGAGUUUUAGCGCUGCGUUGAGUACACCUUUAGAGAAAUACAGGGCAAUGAAAAUCAUAAGCGAAUUCGAAGGCGACAACAUUCGAGGCUCGUUUGUAACAGACUCGAUUGAGUAUGGUAUCACAGGAAAAGUACUCAGCCGAGAACCGCUUCAUAUAUCACUAACUUUAGUGCCAAAGGGAAAAGGCGAGCCAUCAACGAUGACCAUAAAGUUCGAAAACUCGCCCACACUAUACGGCCUGUCCGCCCACCUCGCUGGACCAGUGCAAGCCACUGUACGUGCCAAAGCAGAGUUCCAAAAUAACUUCACUGAUAUUAACUUCAAUGUCGAUAUACCCCGUUCGAAAUACAAAGAGAUCUACUUCAAGUCUCGCGUGGACAUCUACCCCGACCUAAGGAGAGUAGUGACUGUACAAGCCGCUACCCCCUUGAAGAGGUUGCAGUUUGUCAAGGGAGAUACUGAUUUCGUAUUUGGUCCUAAAACAGGAUAUUUGCUGUGUAAGUACGAGCUACCAGACAUGAAAGGCGAUGGUGAUCUCAAAUGGAGCUUUUUACUUGGAGACCUGUACAUAAAGGAUGCAAAACAGGCAACGGUAUUUCACCUCUACGACGCAACGAAGUUCAACGUAACCGGAAAACUAGAUGUAUACACGUACAACAUUGGCAAGAAUCUCAAAUUGACUGCUAUACACGGAAAUCGAACUUGGACAUUCGACAAUAACUACGAAACUGUCGACCAUGAGCUGAAACAGGGUAGCAAAGUGACAUGGGCUGAAGAUGUUUGGCUGAAGUACAAUAUACAUGUUACUAAUUUGACUACUUCGGACGAAACUGAGUCCCAGCAACUAAUAAUGAAUGUGUGGUAUCCUUUGCGAACGUUCAAUUUAGUCGCAUUAUACCACUUGCAAGACUCGCUACUCGACGGUAAGGCGACUCUUAGCUGGAAUGUGAAGGAUGAGAAUAAGACGGCCGAAUUGAAUGGUCGGUGGGAAAGCCCGCCUCAGACUGAGGGCAGUUUGCAUUUUGUGGAUUUGUCGCUUUCGCAUCCGUCAUUCAAGAAGGACGUAACCCUCAAAGGCCAAUACACCUCAACGCCAGCUAUAAUGUCAAAUAUAACAAUGGAGCUCCAAUAUUCAGACUACGAGAACGAGUACUUAAAACUAAAAUCUAUCCUCACGGAUAACUCAAAUGGACCUAUCAGGGAUUACAAAUUCGCACUCAAGUGUACUCAUCCAUCAACAAAUUUGAACCUCGAUAUGAAAUCAGAUAUAAAUAUACAUAGCCGGUGGUAUUAUUUGAAUAAUUACUAUAGAUUCCAAAAAACUUUGUUCUAUGAAAAGUUGAGACAUAACAAAUUGUUGGUUGAUAUGAAUAAAAGUGCAGUGCAAUACGAGCGCGCAAACGAAACUUAUUUCUACCGAGCCAACGGCACUUGGGAUCUCACGUAUCCUAACUAUAGAGUGCUUGCAUGGGUGCUCAGACCUACAGGCAACGACACGGGCAUAGCUACCUUGUCUAUGAAGGACAGAUCAUUUAUAGCACAUUAUAAUAGUACGGAUGAUAUAUCCUACCACAUGGUAGGCCGUAUAGGAGACACAAGGUCCGCAAAACUAGACGCCUGGCGCAACUUUGAUGAAAUCACCACAGUUGAUCUCGCAUCAUACAUCAGAUUGAAUCACUCGAGACUCCUUACGAGCUCAAUUAUUUGGAGACCACAGAUUUUCAGUCAAGUGAAGGGUCAAGCCAUUUACACUCUAAAGCUAUUGUACUCCCAAAUAAAUGAUACUCUUGUAAUCCUAAAGGAAGCGCCUAUGGAAGCUCAUUCUGCAUUAAAGAACAUUUGGUCGGACGCUAAACCAAGAAUCCGUGAUUUCUUAGACGAUUUAAACGAUCUACACGUCAUAAAAGAUGAUUUAGAUGACUUUGAGCUAUUUUUAAACGAAUCCUACAACAAUAACGACUUCUACGUCAAAGAUGUAGUAGAGUUUACAUAUUAUGUGCUUGACGAGAUGGCUAUACGGAAUCAUUUGGAAAAUCUGCCUGGAAUCAUCAAUGACAUGUGGGGCAUGAUGGGCAAUACAAGUCAAUCUAUUAAACAAAGUCUAACAUUCGUUGUGGACAGUGUUAAGAUGGCUUAUGCAAAUUUUUUGGACUCUAUGAACAAGAUUUUGGAAGCUGAUUUUAUGGAACUAGUAUCGGAUAAAUUGGAGGCAAUCAUAUUACAGUACGACAACUUUGUAAGGGACUUGCAUAUCAAGUUUUUGAAAUUUUGGGAAGAAACUUGGGUCAACGCAACAACCAGGUUUGCUAAAUACUGGCAAGAAUUACUAAAGUCAAUAGAACCGUUGUUCUUCAAAAUUUUACACUACACCGAGUCGAUUGUAGUAACUCUAUGGAAAGGAGUAAUGGACUUCUUCUAUGAUAGAACUCAGGAGUUGACGGACAAUCCAUAUUUUAACUAUGUGUCGACGUUUGGUCAUGAAAUGGACAAGAUAUACAAAGAUUUGGUAAACAACGACGUAUUAACAAACAUAAGGCAGUACAGUAAGAAGUUAUGGAACGUCGUUUGGAACAAGAUUGAACAAUACAUUCCUUUCAAGGACGAGGUGUUGCAACUGUAUGCAGAGUUCAGGAAUGCUUGGGAGAACUUCUUGAAGAACGAACAAGUUGUGUAUGUAAAAGAAAAGUGUAAAGAAGCCUACGUCCGCCUUAAGUGGUGGUACGAUUAUUUCAAAAUAGGUGAAUCGUUGGAUCAAGCCGGGGAGAUCAUCUACGACAAAAUCACUGACAUGGCCAAGACUGCGCUGCAGUACGAAGAAAUCCAUCGCACCCCAAAAACAAAUUUCAUCUUCGAUCCUCGCAAAGGCGAAAUCCUUCUCGAACAAAAACUGCCCAUGUCCUGGCACGCAUUCAACCGCACACCAGACUUCACCGAAAUCGCCGAAUACAGAGCAGUAAGAGAUUUCUUCGACAACUGGUUGACAACGAACCAUAAUAUCUGGCACUACUACUAUGAGAUACGUCCUUAUAUGGACAUUAACAACGUGUUACCACCGUUUGCAGGUAUGGCAGUAAUGACAGGCCAAGGUACUCUAGUGACUUUCGACAAGAGAGUCUUUACGGUGUCGGAAGAAGGCACGUUCGUACUCAGCAAGGAUUAUCGUCAGAACAACUUCACUGUUCUUAUGGAGAGCAAUGACCAGAGCAGAUAUAAUUUACUUGUCUUGACAAGGAGGAAUCUUAUACAUAUCGAUUUAUAUAAAGAGCAAGUAUCAAUCGGAUCCUCGCCCCUCCCCCUGCCAGCUGUCAUCGACGGAUUAAUCCUAGACAGGCAAACUGACACGAUCACCGUCCAGGGCCAGAACGGAAUGGAUAUACAGUGCAAUUUGCUCUUUAGGACUUGCAAGUUGCAGGUGACAGGCUGGUACUACGCAACUCUAGGCGGCCUACUCGGCACAUAUAACAACGAGCAAUACGACGAUUUCCAGCUGUCAAACAACACGUAUACGACGUCCGUUGCCGAGUUAAGCCUUAGCUGGAACAUAGAACCCAAUGACAAGCCACCAGUGGAAAACCACGAACUGAAAAAUGAUACGCAAUGCGAUAAGUUCUUCCAGAAUAAAGUCUCGCCUUUACAUCCGUGCUUUUCUAUAAUCGACGCAGCGCCUUUCUUCCUGGAAUGCGUGGCAGGCGUAGACGCAUGCGCACUCGCCAGCGCCUACCUUGAGCUGUGCAACAUGCAGCACGUACCAGUGCACAUUCCCGACCAUUGCGUGCAGUGCACUACACCGCAAGGCGACAUCAUUGAAGAAGGCUCAUUCUACGAUCUGCAAUACGUACCAAAUUCAACCGACGUCGUGUUCAUAAUAGAAGCUCAAUAUUGCAACAAGAAUAUGCGAAAGAUAAAGAACUUGGAUCUGUUUAUUGAGGCUUUCGAUGCUAAACUACAGGGCGGUGGAUUGGCUGAUAACAGAUACGCGAUCGUGGGCUUCGGCGGGCGCGGCGUAUACAGCAAGCCUCGAGCUCUAUACGUUAAUAACAAGGUGUUUACGAAUGCCAUUGAAAUCUCGCAGCACUUUGAUAACUUCCAUAUUGAGAAAGCCGAUCUGGUCCGUGGGAACCGCACAGCCAAGGCCGAUAUGUUCUCCGCUCUGAGCUUCGCGACAGCGCUGCCGUUCCGCGCAGGUGUGCCCAGAACUCUGGUUCUGUUUCCAUGCACCCGUUGCGACUCCAGUUUUAUGAGGCUGGACUAUUCGACUAUUCAUCACAACCUGGUGGAGAACUCCGUGACCCUACACAUUAUUAUGGACGACGACUUCAUGCUGUCGAAGAAACGCGUCGUUAAAUAUUUGUUCGGUAUCGACAGCAUGCUGGCAUACACAAACAAGGAUUAUGAACGUUUGGUGGGAGAUGCGAGCUUAAGGAAGCAAGUUAAAUUGCCCAAAGAGAAACUUAGCGUUUGUUCUUCCUUGGCUAUGGAAACCAAUGGAACAAUCUUCGCGGGCAGCAAGCUGUCGGGCGACCGCACGACGGCGCGGCGCUUCGCGACGGUGGCCGGCGCGCGCGCCGCGCAGACGGCCCGCGCCUGCGCCGCGCCGCCGCGCUGCGAGUGCCGCGACGCGCGCCUGCACUGCCGCGUCUGCGCCGACCCCGACCGGAUGAUGGAACUGGCAUUCUGGACGCCGGACGAUAUUGAAGACCUAAUCGACAUAGCGAUGGACCCUCCCACGCUGCCUUCUUUUAGAUAAUUUCUUUUACAUUAUUUAUUAACUAAGUUUUUAAAUGUAGAAUACAACUAUGUAAAUAUUAUAGUAACAUAAAAGACGGCUACAAUACAUACCUAGAUAUAAGUAUUUUAAAUAACAAUAGAUUGUUUUUUAUUCUCCCAUGUUUUUUUUUAUUUUACUAGAACCGUUACUUUCUU